AUGAACAGCAACAACUUCGAGAGUGUAUGGGAGAUCUUAGUCCAGCGGUUCGAGAACCCCCGGUUGAUCGUCGACAAACACAUCGCCGGGUUGUUACACCUCAAGGCGCUACCCCGAGAGUCUGCAAAGGAUCUUCGUCACCUUGCCGAGACUUGUAAGGCGCAUGUUGACGGUCUCAUCUUCAUGGAGAAGCCCAUCGACGGAACCAGCAACCUCAUCAUCACCCACAUUCUGUCAUCGUGCCUAGAUGCGGAAACUCGGAAGUUGUGGGAACGCUCGUUAAAGCAUGGAGAGUUUCCUGAGCUGUACAAAACUCUUGAGUUCAUCACUCGGCAGACGGAAGUGUUGGAAAGCUGUGCAACGAAGGAGCCUCAACAACGACAACCGUCGGGAAAACCAGCGAGCACCAAGGCAUUUGUGUCAUCGACUCCGAACCCUCCGCAGCUCUGUUGCGCUUUGUGUAAGCAGCAACAUCCAUUACACAAGUGCCCCACGUUUUUAAUACUGACGACUACGGAUAAGAUCGAGAAGCUGAAAACAUUGAACCGCUGCUUCAACUGUUUUGGUACCGGACAUGCAGUUUCUAAAUGUCCCUCACCAUGGUCGUGUCGUCACUGCAAGGGCAGGCAUCACACGUUGAUUCAUGUGGAGAACUCACGUGUAACACCUGGUCCAUCACCUGUUACUGGAAGACAAUCUACAACCGCUACGACAACAUUAACCACAGUUGUGUCAUCCACUGUGUUGCUUUCGACGGCAAUGCUCAACAUCACCGACAGCGCAGGAGUCACCCAUCCGGCACGUGUUCUUCUGGACAGCGGAGCACAAUCCAGCUUCAUCACUGGCAGGCUAGCCCAAUUCCUAUGUUUACCACGCAAAUUGGUAAACAUUCCCUUGUCAGGGAUUGGUGGCAGCGCAGGAUCGAACGUGCGACACACCGUGACUACUACCAUUCAUUCCCGAUGCUCCAGUUACAAUGCAACGGUGGAAAUGUUAGUGCUUCCCAAACUGACGGUGGAAAUGCCACGACAGUACAUCAACAUCAGCCACUGGAGUAUUCCUGAAGCAUGUGUUCUGGCUGACCCGUCGUUCAACAACCCAGCGCCUAUCGACCUGAUACUGGGAGCAUCACUCUUCUACGAGAUCCUGAGGACCGGACGGCUAUCGUUGGGUGACAACAUGCCAACGCUCCAAGAAACCGAAUUUGUCGUCACGCACACCAACGAGCUUGACUCUUUGAUGAAGAGAUUCUUCGAACUAGAAGAGGUGAGCGGCACACCAAGCUGGAGCAACGAAGAACGUGCGUGUGAGGAGCAUUAUACAGCGACAACUACCACAGACAUCAACGGUCGAUACGUGGUUCGACUUCCCCGGAAAGCCGAAAUGAUCGGCAAACUUGGGGACUCAAAGACCAGCGCACUAAGAAGGUUCUUAGCAAUAGAACGACGACUUCAAAGAGAACCGGAAACUCAACAAGCCUAUGUUGAUUUCAUGAACGAGUACCUUCGCUUAGGUCAUAUGAGCAAGGUGGCAGCACAUCGAUGGACGCUGAGACGUUCUAUCUACCUUCAUCCGGUCUUCAAAGCCGACAGCACCACUACCAAGUGCCGUGUCGUCUUUGACGCAUCGAGCAAAUCAUCAACGGGAGUAUCAUUGAAUGAUACGUUAAUGGUCGGGCCGACCAUUCAACAGGAUGCUACCUCCAUUUUGCUGCGGUUCCGUACAAGGGCUGUUGCCCUCACAGCAGACGUGGCUAAAAUGUACCGGCAGGUUUUGGUACAUCCCACCGAUCGAUCCCUGCAACGCAUCCUGUGGCGGAAUUCACCAAACGAGCCCAUCGAGGAGUAUGAGCUCAACACCGUGACGUAUGGGACAGCAUCUGCACCGUUCCUGGCAGUACGAUCAUUACAACAAACGGUAGAAGAUCAUGGGAAGGAAUAUCCGCUGCAGCUGCGCGAUCCUGUGACUUCUACGUGGAUGAUUUCGUGUCUGGAAGUGAUUCGCCGGCAGAGGCUGAAUCCCUACAAGUACAAACGGCAGAAUUGUACGCGAAGACGGGGUUCGAGCUACGAAAAUGGGCUUCCAACAAGCCAUCCGUGCUACAGCAUGUGGACCAACAGCAGUUAG